AUGGCUUCCAAAUUUCUCGCAGCCGCCGUCCGCCGAUCGAUAUCCCUCAGACUCCUGACACCCGUCCGCUCUCUCUCCACCACCGCGGCGGCCGUGGCGGAACCCUACGAUGAGACCGCCGGAAUCUCAAUGAAAGGGGUAAAGAUCUCAGGAAGACCACUCUACCUAGAUAUGCAAGCCACUUCUCCUGUUGACCCUAGGGUACUCGAUGCUAUGCUCCCUUACUUCGUCUCUCAAUACGGAAACCCUCACUCACGCACUCACCUCUACGGUUGGGAAUCCGACGAGGCGGUGGAAGCUGCACGACUGCAAGUCGCGAAUCUCAUCAACGCAUCGCCAAAAGAAAUUGUCUUUACAUCCGGCGCCACCGAGUGUAACAACAUCUCUGUAAAGGGCGUGAUGCACUUCUACAAGGAGAAGAGAAAGCACGUAAUCACGACUCAGACUGAGCAUAAGUGUGUUCUCGAUUCAUGCCGUCAUUUGCAGCAAGAGGGUUUUGAUGUCACGUAUCUCCCGGUGAAACCCGAUGGUUUGAUCGAUCUAAACGAGCUCCGAUCAUCAAUUCGGAGCGAUACAGGGCUUGUGUCGGUGAUGGCUGUGAAUAACGAGAUCGGAGUUAUUCAACCAAUGGAAGAAAUCGGUGAAAUAUGUAAGGAAUUCAACAUCCCGUUUCACACAGAUGCAGCUCAGGCGUUAGGGAAGAUUCCAAUCGACGUCAACAAGUGGAACAUUAGCUUGAUGUCGUUAAGCGGACAUAAAGUCUAUGGUCCGAAAGGCGUUGGAGCUUUGUAUAUGAGGCGGCGACCUCGAAUUAGGGUUGAGCCACAGAUGAACGGCGGUGGACAGGAAAGAGGGAUCAGAAGCGGGACAGUUCCGACUCCAUUGGUGGUCGGAAUGGGUGCAGCCUGCGAGCUUGCAAUGAAGGAGAUGGAAUACGAUGAGAAGUGGGUGACAAAACUGAAAGACAGGCUUUUAAAUGGAGUCAGAUCAAAGCUUGAUGGGGUUGUGGUGAACGGAAGUACUGAAAGUCGAUAUGCAGGUAACUUGAACUUGUCGUUUGCAUAUGUUGAAGGUGAAAGCUUGUUGAUGGGGUUGAAGGAGGUGGCUGUAUCAAGUGGAAGUGCAUGUACUAGUGCUAGUUUGGAGCCUUCUUAUGUGUUAAGAGCUUUGGGUGUUGAUGAAGAUAUGGCGCAUACUUCAAUUAGGUUUGGGAUUGGGAGGAGGGGAUUGACAUCAAGAGUAUACAAUGGUCUCAACACUAACUUAAUCGAGUUUCUGGUGUUCUUACAGGAGACAACAGAACCCUCAUGGUGGCUAAGUCGAUAACAAAGUCAAUGAAGCUGAGGCAACAAACAAAAUCUGCGUCUAAAAGACCAAAAUACUAAGAAAAAAAAUGAAUGACAGAAAUACCCUUCUGGUGCUGAAGAGCAGAUUGAGAGGUAGCUUUCCCCAUUUGAAGUGGGAAAAAGAAGAAUGAAGCUUCAUUUGAAAUGGACACUGAAGCUUCAAAAUCAUCUUUCACAUGUUGUGAGUUUGACCAUAGAGUUCACAUCUGAUGACUGAUGACUGUGUUGGUAGGUCAAAAACAUACAACCCUUUGAGUAAAUGCUACAAAAUAAAAAAUACCCAAAACUGAAAUGAACUUCUAAAUUUGCAAUUGAUAACAUUUCCAUCUGGUCAAUAUACUAGUCACGGCUCCAAAUUUAAAUUUGUAUUGUUCAUAAGCCGGUUGUGUUUUAAUGUUAUAUAUAAUUAUAUUGUAAUUUCUUG